AUGGCCGGUAAACUGGCAAAUGUCGAGACAGAGAUGCGCAGAAUGCAAAUUGAUAUAUUGGGGAUGAGUGAAGUAAGAUGGCCUGGAUCAGGUAAACAAGCAACUAAUAACGGCGUCAUUUACUAUUCAGGAGGGACAGACACGUUUCAUCAAUACGGAACUGCCAUACUUGUAAGCAAGGACAUAGAUAGGUCGGUUAUGGAGUUCAUACCCUUUAAUGAUCGAGUUAUGCUAUUGAAGUUACAAACUACACAUCGAACACUGAACAUAAUACAAGUAUAUGCCCCAACAAACGACAAAAGUGACGCAGAGGUUGAAGAUUUCUACUCAACAUUAGAGGAGGCGAUGAAACUCACAAAGAAGGGUGAAAUAAAUAUGGUCAUGGGAGAUUUCAACGCGAAAAUCGGUUCCGGAAGAGAGAAUGAUGUCGUAGGAGAGUACGGCCUAGGCACACGAAAUGCGAGAGGUGACAAACUUAUCCAGUUCUGUGUAGAAUCGAAUUUAUUUAUUGCUAACACAUGCUUCAAACAACAUCCUAGAAGACUAUACACCUGGAAAUCUCCUGCUGAUAAAAAAGGCCGUACCAUAAGGAAUCUGAUCGAUUUUAUACUUGUUGGACAAGAACUGAAGAAAUACGUGCAAUCAGUAAAAACAUAUCCUGGCGCAGACGUUAAUAGCGACCACAAUCCCGUCGUUAUGGAUUUCCGAAUGAGAAGAUUCAAAAGAUCGCUAAAACGCAACCAACUCCUACAAUCAACACUAGAAAACUGCGGAUACCGGAUGUACACACUCAAGUGA